AACUCAUGUUUCCACUCCAUUUUCAUUACGAAGAUGUCUCACGUCAGGAUCCGUUGCUCAAACCGAAUCACGCCAACGUUAUGGAAGUUCCUGGAUCGUGUGAAAUAAGAGUAGUACCAAAGGCACCCUCUGAUUUCAGAAUCAAAAAUGGAAAAUUGGCUAUGGAGAUUCCGCGCGGUCAGAGAUUCAUACAGACACAAAGGGGUUCGACAGGAAAGUCGUUUCGAUCCAAUCCAUUCUUGGGGUCCGAAAAAGACAAAAAAGGAGAUGUCAGUGACCUAGCACGACAAAGCACUCUCCGAGGGCAUGGAAUGUCUAAUUUUUCGGUCAGAAUCUCGACAGUAAUGUCUCUGUUAGAUUCUCCGGUCGAAAUACGGGAAAACUCCAUUCAAUUCUCGAUGGAAACGGAGUUUUGCGAAUUCUCCCCGGAACUGGAAGAUCAUUUCGAGAUCUUCGAACAUAUUCGAGGGUUCAAUGUGACUAUUGUCACUUCGGCCAACACACAAGAUGAGACUUUACCACCGUGGAGCGGCUUUUUGCAAAAAGAUGAGGGGGAAACUCAGUAAGAUGUCGGAGAAGCGAAAUAUACGAGAUCACAAACGUAGAUUGCUCGCGGCUAAAUAUGAAUUGAGACGAAAGCUUUAUAAAGCCUUUUGUAAAGAUCCCGAUCUUCCUAGUGAUAUGCGGGACAAACAUCGUUAUAAGUUG